CACCCCGUAGUCCAAAAUCGACUAAUUACAGAAGCGCUUAUCAAAGAACUGCUCCACGUGAUUAAUGUUUUCAAAACACUCCCAUGAGGGAACAUGAGAUGUACGUGGUGAAGGACUUCGACCAGCGGCAAUGAAGUGAAAGAGUUCAGUUCGAAUGAAAACCAGAAGACACAUGGGGGCCCCCAGGACCAGGUUGGGUAGCACUGGUCUAAAGGAUUGCCAUUUGUUUGUUUGUCUGUCGAUAGGCACGUUUGGUUUAUUUUAGUAUUUAAAUAAGUGACAGUGUAUUCAAACUGCUAAGGGGUCGAUUGUCUGAAACUACAGGGUAUCAGUACUUAAGGGUGCCGAAUUGUGGAUUUAAAUUAGCUUCUCAGUGUUAUUCAGAGUACAAGAAGAACCCAAAUGGAUCUUAUCAAGGGUACAAGAUUUCCAUUACACGAGAGUAGAUGUUAAAACUUCAUGCUGAUUUGAACUCGGCUCUCGCCAAGAUAAGCACCAACUAAGACGUAGCUUUACAGUAAACUAAUGUGAUCCAUAUGUGUCUCCAUCCAUUUACGUUUCCUUCCAUAUGAUGAUGUAGAUAUCCUUCUGUCUGGUGUUAAUGGCUGAAGUGUAAUGCUGGCUCCAGGGAUCAGCUUAUUUUGCCUCCCUGGCGCAUGGUUGAAAGUCAAGGUUGCACACAGUCACUCACAGGUCCUUCAGUCCCGUAUUGGGAACAUUUCAGUAAGAGCGCACUCAUUUUAAAUACAGGACUUUCAGCUAUGCUAGUCAGAUUGUGGACUUCCUAUUUAUAUUGACAUAGUGAGUUAGCAAGUUAAUAUAAGCAGCGCUUGGGGAUAAUCUGUCCCACUUCAAAUAGAUAUGCUGUAUAAGGAUGCUAAAACACUCGAAACUGCCUUUAACUGAUUAUAUUUCAUUGCACUGGAAUAUUAUAGUGUUGACGUUAUUGAUGGGAAAAACAUGGAUUUCUCAUGGGGAUGUAGCUGGAAAAAUCUGUCCCAAUUUGGAGUUUAUUUGUGAUGACACUUAAUUAGGACACCUUUUAGAGCAGGGGUGUCAAACUCGAGGGCCGCAGGGUCUUCUGGUUUUCAUUCCAACUUAAGCUCUCAGUUAACAUAAUUGAUAUAAUUAUUUGCUGAAUUUGACUUAUUUAAUAUUUUUCAAGGUCUUUUACAGUUGAUGGUUUUAAAAAUGCACUUGAUUCAAGGUACACUACCUAUGAAACAUUUUGAGGCCUGAAGAGACGUGUUAAAUGUGUCCAGUUAAUCAAAUAACACUGUGUAACAAUUUUUUUUUGGUUCCUGGGUAGUAAGUGUUAUUUCCUAUUUGCUUAUGCAUCAAAAGUAUAGAAAAUGGCUAUUAUUCCCCACAAACUUUGCUUUUGUGACCAGGACAGUGAUAUUUUGAAAUUUACCUAUUUUGCAGAACAUUCCAGAUAGAUUCAGUGCUGAGUAAACUUGGAGUAACUUCUAGAACUUUCUAGAACUUUCCAGUAAUAUAAAUAGUAGUAUAAAUACAGGGGCCUUAAGCCCACCAGUUCAGUUUAGUUCCAGCUGCCUAAGUGGAUACAUAUCUGCAUUUUUCUGAGAUGGCAUCAAGGUCAUAGGAGACUUCAAAAUGGUGGCAUUCCUGAUGGGUCUCCAAGGCGGUUUUACCAAGUUUCCCUGCUAUCUUUGCCUUUGGGACAGCAGGGACACCAAGGCGCACUACCACAGGCGGGACUGGCCACAGCGGACCGAGUUCUCUGUGGGGAGGAACAACGUCAAUUGGGAGCCACUGGUGGACCCCCGGAAGGUGCUGAUGCCACCACUGCACAUCAAAUUGGGCCUUAUGAAACAAUUUGUCAGAGCUCUAGAUAAGGAGUCGGCAGCCUUCAAGUACCUUCAAGACUUCUUCCCUAAGCUGUCUGAGGCAAAGGUCAAAGCCGGUGUCUUCGUCGGACCACAGAUAAAGAAGAUCCUGGAGUGCAAUGAAUUCCCCAAGAAGCUCACUAGUAAGGAGAAAGCGGCUUGGAACAGCUUUGUCGCAGUGGUUCGGGGCUUCCUGGGCAAUCACAAGGCCGAAAACUAUGUGGAGCUGGUUGAGACUCUGGUGAAGAACUACGGCACAAUGGGCUGUAGGAUGUCCCUCAAAGUCCAUAUCCUUGAUGCUUAUCUUCAUAAAUUCAAGGAGAACAUGGGAGCGUACUCGGAGGAACAAGGCGAGCGCUUCCACCAGGAUAUACUGGACUUUGAACGCCGUUACCAAGGACAGUAUAACGAGAACAUGAUGGGAGACUACAUUUGGGGGCUGAUUCGUGAAAGUGAUUUACAGUAUAAUUGUAAAUCUCGAAAAACUACUCACUUCUAAAUCUUUUGUAGUCAUUUUUGUAUUACUUUAGUAUAAAUACAUGUUAAUUUGGAUUCAUAUGUUGUUUUUUUCGGACUUUAUGUGAACGAAAAGACACAAAUUCGCCCGUUUUCUCAUUGGAAAUAGGUAAAUUUCAAAAUAUCACUGUCCUGGUCACAAAAGCAAAGUUU